GGAGAGUUUUGUAAGACCUCUUAUUGGUAACUGCUCUCAUUUUCCUUGCCCACACUCGUUUCACUCUCAUUCUUUGCAAGCCCUUGCCCUCUUUUCUUCUAUAACAAUCGAUUCUAUUCAAGACAAUCUUUUACCACACGACAAACAUGUCUCUUCAACGUCUCUGCUUCGCUGCUUGCGCUUUGUUCCUUGGAGCUAGAGCGAUCGACACCAUUACUGUUCCGGACGUUAUCACCGCUGAUAGCCCAUUCACCUUGACCGUUACACCCAAGGACGACGCAUCAGGAAACUACCGUAUUUACCUUGACACCACUCCUCCUGGCUAUGCUGGUGGUCAAUCUUGCUACCUCAAGAACUCAACCUCCACAGACAUUACCGCUGUAAACCUCACCAUCCCAGCCGACUUCGGUCCCAACGGCGACUUCUACUCCAUCUCUACUCGCGACCUCUCAGAUUCAGACACCGACGCCAGCUAUGUGUUCAGCAAUGCUUUCAACCUCACCGGCGCAACUGGAAACUAUUCCGAGUACGAAAACAAGCUGAACGGCGCCCCCCUCUGGGAUUCCAACAGCCUCCCCUGCGAUUCCUACAACUGCGCGCGUAAUUGCGCUCAAGAUUCUUACCCCAAGGACAUGAUUCCUGGAUCGGAUGCUUUCAACACUAUGCGCGCUUGCAUUAUGAAGUGCCCUGGUGUUGAGCAGGAGACCAAGACUUCUUCCUCGACUUCGAGCACCGCUACUGCUUCGAAGACUGGCUCCCAAAGUUCUCAGACAACAUCUGGCUCAAGUAUGUCAAGUCAGGCCUCGUCAACUUCUGAAACGGCUGCCGCUGCUACUUCGUCUGGUGCUGCUGUUGCAAACGUGAUUCCCGCUUCUUUUGUUGUCGCUGGUGGACUUCUUGCGUUGUUUUUGUAGGGAGCUCAUACGCCGAGUCCAGGGACUGGGCCAUUGAUUUGCCCAAAACUCUGUUUUCGCAAACCAUGUCACAUCUCAAUAUCAUCUAUGAAGCAAUGAAAUGCGACCACGGAGAAAUCAUAUAUACACUACUACAUAAACAUAAUAAAGCUCUACGCAAGG